UUUUUUUUUUUGGUUUUUUUUUGUUGCUGGUUUUUUAGUUGUCUGGCAAUAUGAAUUUCAACUUUAAUGCACCCAUUUACCGUAUGCCAAUGCUGGCAAUUGAGUCCCAGCAGCAAUCGAUGUACCAGCAGAGCACCUACUUGGAUCAGUCCCAAACGGCCGUCGUUGUGCAGCAGUCGCAUAUGUCCCAAAGCUCCUGGUCGAUGUCUAUGCCUUCGUCACUCCAGGUGCAUCACCCACAGAUGGUGCCAAACAGUCUGUAUUUCAGUGCCCAAUGGCAACCAACACGUCCGCAACGCGCACCGAUGCACGGUCGCUUCACCUAUAUGCCGAACCGGGCAAGUAACCAAAAUUAUGCAGCUGGUUCGGCCGAUGGACAAACAUCAUAUAUGCAACAAUCGCGUGGCGGCUUCUAUAUGCCACGGCAGCAACAACAACGAGCCCAUGGUGGUGGCGGUGGAUCACAGCGUCCAGCGAAGCAGCUAACCCGGAAUACGACAACCCAAACGUAUUCGAUUGUCAAACGUUGUCGCGAUGCAGCCAUCCAAACCGAUGUCAUCGAGGAGGCGACGCCUUUAGGCAAAUACAAGCAUCAGGCAACGAAUACGGAUGAAGUCAAACGAGAAUCGAGCAACUUUUCGAAUACGUUUGAGAGCACUAGUUUGCCGGCCGUACAGCAGAGCGGUCGUCGCAAUUCGGAGAUAGUAUUGCCGCAGCAGCGAUUGAAGGAUCUAACACACAUCUCGCUGAUGGGCAGCGAUAUUGCCGAACGACUGUCGAUGACGCAUUGCCAGCGUCCUUGCUUCAAGAAGAUCGACACACUGUGCGCCCGCCUCAAACAGGAUCUGUUGCGUCCGGAUGGUGUACUGCCCAAUAUUAAUUCACAGGGCAUCGCUUGGGCCGUUAAGGAUUUCAUUUUCGUUUUCACACGCAUCGUUAACUGUUGGAUUAUACUCAAGGGUUAUAUUUAUAAUACUCCACCGGGUCUGGAUAAAAUCAAGGAUGAACUACCGAUCGGUUUUAUGACUGCCUUCGAUUUAUGGCAGAUUUGCACAUUGACAUUUGCCGGUUUUCUCAUCCGGUCGUUUGUCAACCUCAACACCAUGCUGCAGAAGCAGAAGAACAGUUUCUGCAACAACAACAAAAACAACACAAACAACAAUAGCACCAGCAAUGAGAACAGCAGCGAAUCGAAUUUGGGUAAUAAAACCCAUAAUGGGUCAGGUGCAUCCCAAGUGGGACUCGGCGCCUCCAGCACACCCCACAAAAAUGCCCAGAAGACGACGACAGAGUCAUUGGUUGGGGAACCAGAACGAACAGCAACGGAUGGCAUACCCAAAGCUAACAAUGAUCUGAAGUAUAUGUACACCAUGGUCAAGGACUCGGAGGAGGCGCAACGUUGUGUGAACGCAAAUGGGACAUAUCUCAAGACUGGCACCUAUACGCCCCUCAAGAAGGAUGACACUCUAAUGAAACAUCAGUCAGUGAUGACGCCAAUCUCCAUAGCAAAAAUAUUGCCCAAUGCCACCACAAAAAGCAAUAGCAUUCAACUGACAACCAAUCCAAAAUGCGCUCCACAACCGAUGGAAUCGAAAUUGACCACACAAGCUAGCCAGAACAAUGUUAUACCCUGUCUGAUUCAUUCCGUGAACAUAUCGCCCAGAGAGAUGGGUCUCAUGUUGUACAGACUGAGCGGGCAUAUUAUGAAGCUGACGACUAUCGACAAAUUCUUCAAUAAGCAAUUCACAUUGAACUAUUUUCGGGAUUUCUACGAGCGUUGCCAGCAUCAGUUUACUGAGGUGCGCAUCAUAAUCCUGAAGUGUGAGGGUGGCGCCUAUAAUCAUAUCAAUCAGGCCAUACACGAUUUGAGACGCAUCGUUUAUGUGGUUAGCAAAGAUCUAAAGGAUCAUACCAACAUGGAGUUGCGUCUUUAUACGGCUCUCUAUGAGCGCUCCAUCAUCAAUAUGCUGGCCAAGCCGCCCUUUCGAUCCCAUCAGUUUGUGCACAUUACUGGCAAGCCCGGCGAGCAGCUUUACAUUUAGAUAUAUUUAGACACAUUCUUUUUUUUUUGAUUAACUUAUUGAACGUGUUAAGCAAAGCACAGCAAUACUCAUUACUUCCACACAAGACAAAUUACAAAUAUCUAUUAGUUUUUUUUUAUUAGUUUAUUAAGCAAGCUAAAAGUGACAUAAAUAUAGCUUGCUUCUUGACAAUAAUUAUCGUUGGAUAGUUGAUCAAAGUCAUGUCUUAAAGCAACUCAGCUGUUUAUCGUUCCACAAUCCUGUUGAACUUACUCUAGUAUUUUCUCAAUUUCUUUUUUUUUUCAAAACUUUAUAAUAAAUUAUUUGUUAUGGUUCGUAAUACAAUUUCCACAAAUAUAUCCUGCUUGUUGUUCGACAAUUGAGAUACUGUGUAGUUUCAACAGUUUGCGACAUUAAAACAAUUAUGUAACCCUAAAAGUUGUUAAGCCUACAAAAACAAAAAAAAAAUUGAGAAAAAAAAUAGUAAAAUUAAUAUUGUGUCUGCUCGAUUUGUCGCAUAUAAAAUCGUGUAUUAUAUUUUUUUUUUGGACAUAUAAACAUAAAAACUAACAACUAAAUAUACACAUUAACGAUUGUAAAGCAAUAAAUACGCCAGAUGCAAAAUCCAU